CUCAACAUCAGCUGCAGAGAGGACUGUGUAUUUUUCAUCAUUUGCGGCGAUGCUGAGCGUCUUCGUGGUUGUUACGCUCUGCAUAAGUCGCAUGUCGGCCUCGGAUAAUAAAGUCUCACAAAAUGCCCUCAUUCCCAGUGAGAGCUAUCUCAAGUCGGUGUGGCACAACAGGCUGUACUUGUAUUCAGCCGCCGCGCUGCUCCUUGGGAUCUGGUUCUCACUGAAGGUGGCUCUGAAGCAGAACAAGUCCUCCAAAGCUGAGAAGAUCAGCGACCACUCUGACAGAGACACUUCGGCUGCUCACGUGUCUGGAGUAAAAAUCUUCUAUGGCUCGCAAACUGGAACAGCAAAGGGCUUUGCAGAAGAGCUGUCGGAGGAGGUGCAAACAUUGGGGGUGCCAGUAAAGGUGAUUGACAUCAGAGACUACGAUCCAGACGAUCAGCUUGCAGAUGAGUGCACCAACAAGUCGGUCUGCGUGUUUCUCGUGGCGACCUACACUGACGGACAGCCCACAGGGAACGCCGAGUGGUUCUGCAAGUGGUUGGAGGAGGCGUCGACCGACUUCAGAUACGGGCAGACCUACCUCAAAGGCCUCCAUUAUGCGGUGUUUGGUCUUGGCAACUCGGUCUAUGUUGGCCACUAUAAUUCGGUGGGCACCAAUGUGGACAAGUGGCUCUGGAAGCUGAGUGCGAUGCGAAUUAUGACCAGGGGAGAGGGCGACUGUAACGUGGUGAAGAGCCGCCACGGCAGCAUUCAGGCCGACUUCCUCGCCUGGAAAGUCAAGUUCCUGAUCCGCCUCCAGACGCUAGUCAAGGAUGAGAAGAAGAGCUGCAGCGGGAACUGUAAGACCGAAAGCUCCUGUAAGAACCAGGAGGAGGAAGAGGAGGAGAUGGCGGCUUUGCAGAACAGCUCUGAGGAGGAGCUGGUGGAGUCCAGCAGUGAUGAUGAGUCUGGCCUGCAAGAUGAGAACACGUCUGGUUCAGUGGUUGACAUGGAGGAUCUGGGCAACAUCAUGAGCAGUGCCAAGAGAUCAAAGAGCAAAGAGGAGGCUGGAGCAGACGGCCAGAUGGUGAAGCUGUCCAAGGUGAAAGGAAAGAGGAAGAUUGACGAUGAGGGGGAAAGAAGGGAGAUGAUCACCCCGGCCCUGAGGAAAGCACUGACCAAACAAGGCUACAAACUCAUUGGAAGUCACUCGGGAGUGAAGCUUUGCCGGUGGUCUAAGUCCAUGUUGCGGGGGAGAGGCGGCUGCUACAAGCACACCUUCUAUGGCAUUGAGUCCCACCGCUGCAUGGAGACCACCCCGAGCCUCGCCUGUGCCAACAAGUGUGUCUUCUGCUGGAGACAUCACACCAACCCUGUGGGCACAGAGUGGCGCUGGAAAACGGACCCCGCCGAGAAGAUCCUGCAGGACGCCUUGGAGAAGCACCAGGGCAUGAUUCGACAGUUCAGAGGUGUCCCCGGAGUACAACCGGAGCGGUACGAGGAGGGCCUGGCUGUCAAGCACUGUGCCCUCUCCCUGGUGGGUGAGCCCAUCAUGUACCCUGAAAUCAACACCUUCAUCCGCCUCCUCCACUCCCACCGCAUCUCCAGCUUCCUGGUCACCAACGCUCAGUUCCCUGAGGAAAUCAGGACCCUGGUUCCAGUCACCCAGUUGUAUGUCAGUGUGGACGCCAGCACCAGAGACAGCCUGAAGAAGAUCGACCGACCGCUCUUCAAGGACUUCUGGCCCCGCUUCCUGGACAGCCUCAGGGCCCUGGGAGAGAAGAGACAGAGGACGGUGUACAGACUGACGCUGGUGAAGGCCUGGAACGUGGAGGAGAUGCUGUCCUACUCGGAGCUCAUUGCUUUGGGCCAGCCGGACUUCAUUGAGGUCAAGGGAGUGACGUACUGCGGCGACAGCGGCGCCAGCAGUCUGACCAUGGCGAACGUCCCCUGGCACCAGGAAGUGGUCGCCUUCGUCCAGCAGCUGGCCGACAUGCUGCCUCAGUACGAGAUCGCCUGCGAGCACGAGCACUCCAACUGUUUGCUCAUCGCGCACACCAAGUUCAAGGUGGAUGGCAAGUGGUGGACGUGGAUCGACUACGACUUCCAGGACCUGGUCCAGGUGCAAGGGGAGAGCGGGGGCCAGCGGGGCUUCUCGGCCCUGGACUACAUGGCCCAGACUCCCGACUGGGCUCUGUUCGGAGCCAACGAGCAAGGCUUCGACCCCACCGACACGCGCUUCCAGCGGCGCAACAAGACCAAAGACAUUUCAGGAUGCUGAUCGAUGUGAGAGGGAGGGAGGCCGAAGAAGCAGGAUUAAUCUCGAUAGCAAAACAAAUGACAUCUUAAAAUUAGUGUUCGAUGUUUA